AUUACGGUGCACAGUGGGUAUAAAAACCUACUCACUUGUGAUCAUCGCAAAACUCACAAGAUGCUGCGCAUGUUAGUUUUUGUAAGUUGCGUAUACAUUUUUGCAAGUGUGAAUAUUUUGGUUAAAGCAGCGAAUGUAGCCCCAGCACCCCAAGCAAUCUGCGAGGAUACAGUCUCGCUAAUCAAUACCCCCAACGAAAAUGGAGAAACUUCUCUUCACAUUGCCGCCAGAUAUGGCUACGUCAACUUAACAGAACAAAUGGUCGAAAGCGGGGCGAACGUAUCUAUACAAAAUAAAGACGGCGACGCAGCUAUCCAUAUCGCCAUGAAGCAUAAUAAUACAAAUACCGUAAUUGCACUUAUGAAGAACAAAGAGUCCUUAACUGCAGUGAAUAAAGAGGGGCAAACGGCGCUCUUCUUUGCCGUAAUCAAUAAUAAUUUCUAUAUGGUCACCAUACUUGUCGAAAAUGGAGCGGAUGUGCAGUUUAAAAGAAAAGAUGGCGCGACUGUUCUUCAUCUUGCCGUCCUUCAAGAAAAUUUGGAAAUAGUAAAAUACCUUCUCAGCAAUGGCGCAGACGUUAGCACUCUGCCCGACAAAGGAAGAUCCCUCCUCGAGAUCGCUCUAAAUUCCAAAAAUCAAAAACUGAUAGAGUUGCUAAUUAGGAGAGGAGCCGAUCCAAACCGUCCGGACUCGAAGGGAAACACCCUGCUCCAUACGGCCAUUAUACAAAGGAACGCAUCCGUCAUCCAAUUGUUGAUCAAGAAUGGUGCCGAUGUUAAGAUCAAGGACAAAGAGGGCAAUAACGCCUUGCAAUUGGCAAUUAAGGAAGGAUUGCCAGAUAUUGCUAAUCUUAUCAUUAGCAUUAGUGACGAAAAAUGUAAAUAAAUAAAGUAUCCACUUUAACCAAAUAAAGACAUGGGUAUGAAUGAGGUAGAAGUUAUAAAAUUGUACGAAUUAAAA